AUGGCUAUCACACCUGCUCUCGAGAACCUCAACAAGGGCGACGCUCCUUCCCUAGCACUUGUCCACCCUACCGAAGCCGAAAAGCAGAUACAAUUCAAACUCAAUGGGAGUGAAUGGCGCGGUGCACUCUCCCUUCCCGCCUACCUCCGACGUGAGGCUACUCUUUCACAACAGGCUCUCACGCGCGAUGGCGGCAUCUCGUACUGGAUCUUGGUUGACACAUCUUUACCAAAUAACCCUUUGGAUCCAGAUUCGGGCACUCGACUGCCGUUGGCGAGCUGCGAAACAUACCGGAAGAAGGCACUCGUGUGGCAAAACGGAGAACUGAAGGAGGUCAUAUGUCACGGUAUUGGGAGUGUUUUCUGUGCAACCCAUCUGCGCAAGCGGGGAUAUGCGCAAAGAAUGAUGACGGAGCUUGGGAAGGCGUUGAAAACUUAUCAGACAGAAGAUGGACAAGAGUGUCUGUUCUCGAUCCUAUAUUCUGAUAUCGGGAAGAAAUUCUACAAUACCUUUGGCUGGGAGCCUUUUACUUCAUCACAUGUCUCCAUUCCUGGGACCACUUCUCAGGACACGAGCAGCUUACCCACUGCCCGUCCUUUGUACGCAGAGGAUCUGGAGGAGCUGUGCAGGAUCGACAUGGCCUCUGUCCGCCGGAAUCUAGAGUCGCGACCGAAGGACAGCAACACUGCAGUCGCUCUGAUACCCAAUAUCGAGACUAUUCGGUGGCACCACGCGCGUGAAGAGUUUGUAGGUAACGAGCUGCAUGGCAAGCAACCAGAAAUUAAAGGCGCUGUUGUCGGUACGGAGAAGGGCAAACGCAUUUGGUGUUACUGGACAAGAAUGUGGUACAACGGAAAUCCUGCUGAAGCCAAGGGCAACACGCUGCAUAUCUUACGCCUGGUCAUUGAGGAUGGCAGUUGGGAGGGUUCUUCGGGUAGUACGAAUGGCACAUCCGUGAACCAGGGUCACGAUGCUGCUAUUGCAGCACUAUUAGCCAUGGCGCAGCAAGAGGCACAGAAAUGGAAGAUGGAGCAUGUAGAGAUGUGGGCACCCUCACCAGCGGCGCUAGCAGCUGCGAAGACGCUGGACCCAGCUGCAGAGGUAGUUCAUAGGGACACGGAGAGCAUCGCGUGCUUGCAGUGGUACCCUAAACACGAUGGACCAGUGGCUGACAAAAUUGACUGGAUCGCGAACGAGAAGUAUGGCUGGUGCUGA